AUGCAUCCUGGAAUUUUCAAUUUUAAAGAGAAAUUAGGCUUAGAAAAGUGGGUUGGAAAUUCGGCGCAUGGUAAAUUAUCAAGAUGGAUCCAAGAUUUACAUCUAUUUCAAGGUCUUGCAAUUAACAAAUCAUAUGAAAUAGAAAGUAGCAAGAAAUUUGCCAUUAAAUUUAUUGAAGUUCCCACAAUAAAUUUAAGAGAUGAAUCUUAUUUUGAGCUAAUAAAUCCGACAACAAGAUUGGAGGAGAUUUUAAUAUCCAAUAAUAUUUUUUCAAUUAAAAAUGUUAGAAACUUUCCGUUUAUUAAAAAUGACGAUAUUAGUGACAAGGAUUAUAUUCAUUUAAUAAUUAAGUAUGAGCAAUAUGAGAUUUUUAUAAGUAGGGAUCAGAUAAAACCUUUGGAAGAAUUUAUUGAUGCCAUAGAAAAUGCACUUAAAAGUAUGAAACCAUUUAAUGCCUUACAAGAUGUUUUUAAUGUAUAUGGACAUUUAUUCCCAUUAAGAAUUAUCUUGGGGAAAUCUCUUAAAAAUAUUUUAACCACACAGCUUUUUGGUACGUUUGAAAAGAUUAAUUCAAAAUUACCCAUGUCUUCCUUAAAAUCAUAUUUGAAUAAUUUAAAUAUUACAUACCUUACAACACAAAAAGGCGAUGUUAUUGAAGAUAAUGAUCGCUUGAGAAUUAUAAUGACUGGAAUAAAUGAUUUGAAAGAUUUGAAUAUAGAUAAUAUCGAACAUUAUAAACGAAUAAAUAUAGAAUCAUCAUUGGAAGAUGAAAAUUACCAAGUAUUUGGAUCAAUUAUUACAAAAGAUAAUAUAAAGUCAUUAGAUUUUGUUGCAAGAUUUAGGCUGUUCUAUGUUAAUGGAUUUUCUGCAAUGAUAAAACCUUUACGAAGAUCGGCGGCCGAUAUCAGAACGUGUUACAUUUUAUGGAAAUCCUUUGAAAUUGUCGGAGAUACCAUUCUUAUCGAUGCAUACUAUCCAUCAACAAAUUAUGAGCCCCAUAGAAUUAUCAAGUUAGUUGAGUGGGAAGAUGAAGUUAUUCAUGUUCAAUUAAUUAAUGAAUCAAGUUCGGAUAGUUCCGAAGUUAAACAUGUGGGAAAUAUUGAUUCUUUAACAUCUGCUAAUAUCAACCUACGGGUGUGA